ACCAGCCAUCUGCCGUCAGUGUGUGACCACAGCCUAACCGCGACCUGCUGACACUGGGGAUUCCCAUCUCAAUAUGCCUCACAAGAGCAAAAAAGACAAGGAAUCAUCCAAAUCUGGAAGAUCUAAAAAAUCUGGAAGUAAAAAUGGGCCUGCAGUUGACCAAGAAGGCUCCAAUAAGAAAGUGCCUCCUGCAACUCAGCUGAUGAGGGUAAAGCAGCCGGGGUCACACUCGGCCGUGAAGAAGGAGAAGAGAUUCAGCACUUCCUCUUUCCCCCUCAGUGCUAACAGAGAGCUACACAAACUACCUGCACUAGCAGGUAUGCCUUCUUCAGUAUAUACACUGUAUCUCUAUAAACAGCUAUCACUCUUUUCUCCAUCCAAUCACCGUCCUUCUCCGCCAACAGCCUUCGCCUUCAUUGCUCCAGAGCAGCCGGAGCUCGGCCAAUCAGGCGCCUCCUUCACUGCUUACAUCACUAACUAG